GACCUCUUCUGGGCACAAAACAUUUAAAAAUCCGCAAAACCGACUAUUCCUACAGGUCAAUGUAGAUCGACAAAACAGAGUUCACUUUCGUUGUGAAGUAGCGCCGGUUUUGAGUUGACUCUGUUGGCGUGGUUCUUUUGUAAGUCCCGUCUUACCCGUUCGUUUCGUAGGCAAUUAAUUUAAUCGGUUUUACACAGUUUAUUUUGUCAUUGAAACGACCUCUUUAUGUGAAUUUGUGUGAUCAUGUUACCACUUGUUAAUGUUAGCCGUCGGUUUUUCUUUUCAGUCGGAUAGAAAUGGGACCAUAUUUUUUACUAUUGGCCAUGCCCAUUAUUCACCCGUUUUCUACCAUUUUUGUCCGACUGAAUUGUAAUACACUUUGUGUGAGUGUGUUUUCAAAAUAUAGUAAGUGAUAAAUUAUUGGCAUUUAUUUGACUUUCAAAUGGAGUUAGCUGCCUCCCACACGUUACUGACAGUAUAUUUAUUAAAAUACCAUUAAAGUGACAGAAGUUGCACAGAGAAUAUGCACUGCAUAAAAUCGACUUGGUCUGUUUAUUGCUUCAAGUUUUGGACAUCGUGUACUUAAAGCACGACCUUACUUCUCAUGGUGAAUAAUGUAGUGAUAAUGAGGUUAGGUGCUAAGGGUAGGUCAGUCGAUAAGUAUGUAAAGCUUCGUCGAUUGAGACGACUAGAAUAUGUGUUUCGCAUUCCUAGCCAUUGUCUUCUACGAUGAGCAGAUUUAGCCAACGUAGUAUUUAGUUGGGAAAAAGCUGUGAUUAAAAUGAAGCCUCCCAUCAGUCAAUGAAACCUUUUACAUUUGGGUUGAGCCACGUAGGGAGUUGUAAACUUUCUGGCUAGAGUCCUCUGAAUACCGAGAACGACUGGAAACUCCACUUAGCGGUCAUGUCUGUCCAAGUAGCUCUUCGUUCUUCACACUUCGGUUUCUUAUUACUAUUUUGGAAUCUGAUUUUUUUUGUCUUUCUCUACCUUGAUGUGCUGCCUGGGGUGUGGCAAGUUGAACUGCUGAGCUUAUGCGUAAAUACUCAGUCGUUCUAAUAGCGUGAAAUUAAGUAACAGCAUUAUAUUGUUGAAGGGAAACUCGUUUCUGUUUGAUAUAAAUCGCGACUGUGUCUGACAUCUGAAACAAUGUAAGUAUUCGUUGAUUGUUGAAAUCGAACAACUUAUUUCCAGAGAAGUAAGCGUUAACGUCUGGGAGUGGUUAGACAAAUUCCAGAACCAAUUUGUGAAAUUAGUAGCUCUUGGUGUAGGCCUGGAUAAACGUCUUACCUGCUAUCAGUAUCAUGAUAGCUUCCUGAACCUGGUGCUAAUUCGGAACUCAUCAAGGAUUUAUACAUAACAUUAAGCGUGUCACUGAUAACCCUGGUAAAGCUUGUGUACUAAGCAGAGGGUUCUGAAUUACCAUAGGUGCCGCUGAUCAAAAUUUAUCGGUUUCUAAGUCAUGACUCAUUAUGACGUCUAGGUCAAAGUGCGUCGACUGAUUAAACGUGGUCCACUUACAUAUUAUGUAUUGCUACUUGUGUAUCUAAUGCUCAUCAAUACUCAGUCAUGACGUUAAUGGACAACUAACACAGGCUGGUCAUAAGGUUUCUUCAUCACGGCAUGAAUGUUUCAAGAUCAAAUAAGCCUGGUGUAGUGAUUCUUCCAUAACUGCUUCAAUAGCUGCAUUGACUAAAGCAAUAGAUCACUUGAUUUUACACAAGUGUAAGACUCAAAACUUCCUCCAGUUCCACAUCACUCAUAGUGACAGAAUCAAAUAUGAUCUUCAUCUCAAGAAGUAUGACGAACAGUAUGUCUACGCUUUUCGGUCUGACCAAAUUGUCAUUCUCUAGUCAUUCAACUCAAUUCCUACUGUUAGUAUUUUUUCAGUUAUCACUGGAAAAUCUCAAAUAAUAGAAUGGUCAAUAGUUGACAAAAGUUUAGCGAAGUUAUCACAUUAUAAAUCAUUAAAUUAAGCUUCUUGAGGAGCAUGCCGAAGACUCCGGAGCUAUUUAAAAAAUGUGGCGUGGGAUUAUUGACCAGAUUAACUGUGGUACUAGUUGGUGUGUGUAAUUGCAAGGUAGUUCCACUGGACAGUGUUGAUAGCUGACCAUUUUAGUUUUUAAUAGAGGAAACAACUCUUCCCGUGAUAAUCGCAAGGGUAUCAGCUUGAUUAGUAGUAUCUAAGAUGAUUAUAUAACCUUGUUAUUCAUUUUAGUUUCCCGUAAAGUUCUUUUGGUAAGUUGAACGUUUGGUUUCUUUAAAGUGGAACGAUUGAUUGCAUCAUCCCUAAUUGAGUGAUUACUGACAAAAUCACAUCAUGAAUACAAAAGCUUCUUCGACAUUUGCCAAUUUACAUCUUGCUGUCCAUCAAAGGAUGUGUAUACUGCGCAACAAUUUUCUUCAUCUCGCUUUGCGACUAGGACAUGGCGGUUGAAGAUGAAAGAGAGAGGCAAUCAUUCUUUACCAUAGAUGCCCUCAUGUUAGAUGCGGCAAUAGGGUCAGUAAUAAUAAGCUUAGGUCUGUUAAAUAAAAAGAGAACGUCAAUCAUUGAGACUUUGAAGCUGAGCUGAUUGAGGUUAAAAGUUAAGAUGGCUGACAUAGAUAUGAGUAAACUUGGGAUAUCCAAGAAUUUACUCCAGAUGAAUUUCAUGCGACGAACUGUCAUCUCCAAGGAAAAGGCAGUCAAUAAACCCACUGCAGAUAUCCCUUCAAAUUCACAAGAGGAAGAAUUUAAGCUCCCUUCUUUUGUAGAGGAACAUAUUCGUAAAAAAACUAAAGCUCUUGAGUCACAAAAUCGCUAUCGAUUUUUCAAGAGUAUUUUCCAACCGUAUGACGUACCACCUGGGUUUCGAGAAAGCUUUGGUAGCUUCACUCCUCCCAAUACCUCUCAGUCUCAAACCAGCGACCCAACUCAUUCGUCCAACUCUGUCUCUGCAAGUUUUACUGGCAAAAAUGAAGCUUUGAACUCACUUGGGAGGGUGUCUGAAACAAGUAUGCGCUUCAGAAGACUAUUGGAUCCUAAACCAUAUACAUCGUACAAACCCAAAAGGACAAAUCGAAAGAAAAAGAAAAAAAGAAGAAGGCAGUUGUAAAAGUUACUUAAUUUUGUACAGAUGGAUUUGUGAUAAAAAAAUUCAAGUAUAUUUUCUCUGAU